AUGGCGCCCGCCGAGAUCCUGCGCAUCCUCUCCGUCGACGCGCCGUCGUCGCAUGAGGACUUGGACGCCUGGCUCGCUGACACCUCCCCCAAGAGUGUGUUGUGUGCUGCAGCAGGUUUGGAUGCGGCAAUCAAGACCAUGGCUCGGCUUGGGGAGCAUCAAGCAUCGACUGAUGUGAGGAGGCCAAGGUUUGAUCGGAUCAGGGUCAGCAGAUCGGCGGCGGCAUCCCACAGGAUAACUCGACGGGUGUGGCCAUCACAACGACAUCACGGUAUCGUUGGCCAACCUGUUACAUUAUUAAAAUCAGACGAGGAAGAGCGCGCCAAUGGAUUUUCCUACCCAGGACUUUGUACUGUACUAAUAUUCAGAAAAAUGUUUGUUUGUAUCUCUUUCAGGUUAAAAAAAUGGUCUUCUAUGGGUUACAAACCAAUGCUUGCUUGCGUACACUCUGGUGCUCCAGUUAAAGAUGGAAAGUUAUAA